CUUCAUAUUUGCACGCGGAAAUUGAUGCGAUCAUAUGUAAAUGCAGUGUUAGGGCAACUAUUGAGAGAUACAAGAAAGAUUGUGUCGAUUCCUCGAAUCCAGGAUCUGUUUCUGUGGCUAACACGCAGUUCUAUCAGCAAGAAGCCACCAAGCUGCGAAGACAGAUACGAGAGAUACAGAAUACAAACAGACAAAUUCUUGGCGAGGACCUUGGCGCUUUGAAGUACAAGGAACUCAAGAACUUAGAGACUAAAGUGGAGAAGGCCAUUGGAAGAAUUCAUUCGAAAAAGAAUGAAUUACUGUUUGCUGAAAUUGAGUUCAUGCAGAAAAGGGAGUUAGAGCUGCAAAAUGCUAACAUGUAUCUACGAGCAAAGAUAGCUGAGACUGAGAGAGCACAACAGCAAUUGAACAUGAUGCCAGCAUCUGAAUACCGGCCUAUGACUUCACAAUCUUAUGAUGUUCAGAAUUUCCUCCCUGUUAACCUCAUGGAUCCUAAUCCGCAAUACUCUCGUUAGGAUCGUGACGACAGCUCCCUUAUCAAAGUUAAUAUGUGGAGAACUCUUUCGAAACAAUUAGUCGGCUUCGUUCUUCUAUUGCAACAUGAAAUUCUGAAGAUGGAUCUCUACUUUUUCUGAAUUUUAUGUACUUUCAAGCGUUAAGAAUUUUCAAGAAUAAGAACUUACUACUUUGAAAGCUGUGACAAAUCUCGCUGUAAUCUUAAAGCCAGCUAAAACUCUCAGCAGUUCACAUAUGAGAGAUUUUAUAUAAUAUUUCUACUUUUAAUUGCCA